GACUUUGUUUACUCUUCCUGUGAUUGAAUGCCUUUGGAAAGUUUUCAGCAGGGGAGUAACAAGAUAGGGUUUAUAUUUUUUAUAGUUUCACUCUGACUAUUGUGAGGAGAAAAAAACUGUAAGAUGAAUCUGUGAAGCCAGUUGGGAGGGUGUUAACGCUACUUCAGUUGGGAGAUGAUACCCUUCUCAGUCCAAGGUGGUAAAAGUGGUUGGAUUAGAUUUACAGUUUGAUGGUAGAGCCAACAGGAUUUGCUCAGGACUGUAGGAUGUGAGAGGGAAGUUAAUUAUGAUUUGUGACCUGAGCAACUGAAUGACUUGUGUUAUUUACAGAGUGGAAAAUACUGGGAGAGGAGCAGAUUUAGAAAGAGAUAUUAAGGGUGCUGUUAAGGAUGCAUUAAUUUUGAGAAGCUUGUUAGACUUCCAGGUAGGGAUGUGAGGUGGGCAGUUGGAUAUACGGGUAUGGUGUUCAGGAGAGUCAUCAGUGAAUAGAUUGCAUUGAAAGCCAUGGCUCUGAGUGAGAUCGUUUAGGGGAUGACUGUAGGUGGAACAGAGAGAGGUUGGAGGCCUGAGCCUUAGGCACAUGGAAACUUAGUGGUAUGAAGAGAAGCAGAUGAAGCGAAAUAGACUGAGAAGGAGUGGCCAAUGCCGUACUCUAAUCAAAGCCAAGUGAAGAAGGUGGAAGUGAGCAAGUGUCAAGGAAGGAACUAUUCGAGAACUGUGAUUUCUUCUCGAGUCAGACCUGUACAGGAUCACCAUGGGCUUGGGCUCUCACCUCCUCCUGACCAGGCGUUUGAGGAGCAAUGUGAUCAGCUACUCCUUCUACUACUGUGGGAGACUAUGAGUAUGGGAUUUUCACUAACCUUGGACCAGUUACUUGCCAGGAAGAACGUAAGUUUCAGCUCUCCAACAUCUUCAAAUAAAGAAGUGGUUAUGAACAAUGAUCAGCAGAAUAAUGGAGGAAUGAAACCAGUGCAGGAUUUCACAACAAUACGAAUCACACAGGCUCUCAAUUACAAUCUGAGCAGACAAGAUUUAGAAAAAGAACCUUGGAAUGCAUUCAGCCAUCAUAGCCUGGUUAAUGUCUCUGUGGAUGGAAUUCCUUGCAUUCUCUUUUGGGCCAAAAGAAUAACAAUUAAAUUUAAGAAUCAGACCUGGCUGGACCUUACAGAUGAAGCCAUUGGCCACAAGGCGACAGUGGACGCUGGCAACUCAAACUGCAGUGAAGGAAGUGCCAUGUUGUCUCUGAAGUUUGGUGAUGCUGAAAAUCCCAGAGGUAUUGAUAUAAGAUUCACCCUUACCAGUUACAACAAAUUGUCCAUCCAGAGCUGGUUUAGUUUGCACCGAGUCGAGGUUAUUUUCAAUAAUUCAAUUCCAAUAACUUUUAAUGCAACUGGCAUGUUUGCUCCAUCAAGUUACUCCUACCACUGCCAACGCGUCAGCAGCCUGCAGUGGUAUGAUGCCCUUUUGUUGCCCAGCGACACCAAUGAUAUGUCAAGCCUGUGGGAGGUCACUUUUGUUGAUUUCCAGAUCCAAGGCUUUCCAUUAAAGGGGGGACAGUUUUCCAAGGCCCGAGACUGCACCUCUUCCUUCUCACCAGCCAUUCCAAUCAGCCUGGCAAUGUCCCUGACUGCCCUGCACAUGCUCAUCUACCUGUGCUAUCUGGACUGGCACUAUGAUUUCAUCGCCUCUCUGGCUCAGAGCCAGUUGAAAGCUCGAGAUGCAUCAGAAGAGAAGGAGCUGCUGAGGAGCCAGGGAGUCGAAUGCUAUGAACUGAGAAGCCAACAGAUCUGCAAAAUUUAUGUUUAACAGCACAGGUCCCUCUUCCUCAGGAAGUCCACGAUAGGCUCUGAAAGGAGGUGUUCCUGUUGUGUGCUGUUUGACUUGUGAUAUAAGAUUUUCACCAAAAGGCUUGAUUUUCUUUUUUUAAAGGAAAUACAUGCAAAGAAUACAUUUUGGAACAUCCACUGGCCUUCUUAGAUAGACUUGGAGCAAUGAUAAAGAGCUAAACAAAUGUCUCAGGAAGAUGUUGAAGGAGGAUCCCAGGAGAAGGUGGAGCAGCUGCAGGUCUGGGUGCUGCCCUGUGGCCAACAAGGUGGACCCAAUGUAACUGCCAAAGUUCUUAUAAGAGAAAGAGGGAGACAGGAGAGAGACAAUCAGAGAAUAGGAUAUGGAUGUGACAAUGGAAGUGGAGGCUGGAGUGAUACAAGGAAGGAGCCAUGAACCAAAGAAUGCAAGUGGCCUUAAGAAGUGGAAAAGUUUUCAGUUUGUAACUGAAAAAAAGAAGUAAAAGGAUUUUAGAGAAUUCUGAAGCCUCUUUGAAGCUAUUCUCUCAGAAAGGGAAGAUUUGAAAUAUAGCUGAAUGGGAAGGAAGAAUGCUACCACAGAGCCUUCUACAUCUGGCCAGUAGCCUGCAAGAGAAAGGAUUUAUUUUAUCUGGUUCAGUCUCUGACUAUUUGAGAGAAGGAGAUGAUAUAUAAACUCUUUAUGGCCUCAUGGCUCCCACAAGGGUUUUCAAUAGACUGGAGGGGCAGGGUCUCACUUUUUCUGGAUCUGGAGUGUUUCUUGAAUGCAAAAGCUCAUACACUUGUAGGGACAAGAGUGCAUUGCAUUUGUGGUGUCCAGAUGUAAUGCUCUAAUGAUGUAAACCACUAAUUUGUUCUGGAAGUAUUAUUGCUGGAACUAUUAUUGUUAUCCGUUAAAGAAGACUUGGAAAAUGACUUCCAGUUUUAAAAAGUCCUGGAGGACUUUCCUGGUGGCACAGUGGUUAAGAAUCUGCCUGCCAAUGCAGGGGACAUGGGUUCCAUCCCUGGUCCAGGAAGAUCCCAUAUGCUGUGGAGCAACUAAGCCCAUGCACCACAACUACUGAGCCUGCGCUCUAGAGCCCAUGAACCACAACUACUGAAGCCUGCGUGCCACAACUACUGAAGCCUGUGCUCCGUAACAAGAGAAGCCACCCCAAUGAGAAGCCUGCACACCACAACAAAGUGUAGCCCCCGCUUGCUGCAACAAGAGAAAGCCCGUGUGCAGCAACAAAGA